GACCUUUAGGUACUAUAGAGGAGUAACCAGUGCGCGAGCUUUACAAUGAAGGCAGCAUCCUGUCAGCUUCAGAGUGUGCGCGCGCGCCUUUUCACAGAACGCGCACUAACGUUUGUCCAGUUGGUUUGAGCACUUUUGUCUCUAAAAACUGCAAAACGCCACGCCAGGAAUUUGAGCGAUAGCAGAGACUUUGUACUUGGAUGUGAAGUAACUGUUUCUCUUGUUAUUUUGACGGCUCGAGCGGACCGAGAGCAGCAGGAUGCGCUCGAGCUGAGGUGGUCGGAGACUUCAAGCCAAGCUUCAAGACCUGAAACUGAGAGGAUACAUUUCCCCAGACUAUCCUACAGUCUUAGAUUUGAUAACAAACCGUUGCACGUUGGGUUGUAUUCCACGUUUUGAGGAUGUACGUGGCGUUGCUGUUUGUGUCUGUAGUGGGAUUGUCUACAUUUGCUGUUUUAGCCCAAAUCGAUGGCACGUGCGGCGGUAAUAUUACAAUCACAAGUGCUGGGUACGUGACGUCACCGGGCUAUCCGUUGGGGUACCCGCUCUCGCAGCAGUGCGUCUGGCUCAUCAGUGCCCCCGACCACCACCAACGGAUCCUCAUCAACUUCAACCCACACUUCGACCUAGAGAACCGCGAGUGCAAGUAUGACUUUUUGGAAGUGUAUGACGGGAACAGUGACAAGGCAGGUCUGGUAGGGAAGUACUGUGGUAAGAUUGCUCCAUCCCCAAUCACCUCCAGUGGAAAUGUACUGCUGAUCAAAUUCACUUCUGACUACGAGACCACUGGUGCUGGCUUCAGCAUCCGCUAUGAAGUGCACAGAGCAGUCUCAGAAUGUUCCAGAAACUUCACUGCUCUAAGCGGGUUGAUCCAAACGCCAGGCUUCCCUGAUAAAUACCCCAACAACCUGGAGUGCACAUACAUCAUCUUUGCACCAAAGAUGUCAGAGAUUGUGUUGGAGUUUGAGAGCUUUGACAUGGAACCUGACAUGAACCCGACACCAACUGGAGCCUCAUGCCGAUUUGACUACUUAGAGAUCUGGGACGGAUACCCGACAGUUGGUCCUCAUAUUGGAAGGUAUUGUGGUUCCAGUAGUCCAGGCCGGGUUGUGUCAUACACUGGCAUUUUGUCCCUCUCCAUCCACACAGACAAUGCCAUCACAAAGGAGGGCUUCUCAUCCACUUACAGGAUCCAUUCCAACCAAGAGCCCAGCCAUGAGCAAGCCAAUGUGUGCCUGUCUCCUUUGGGAAUGGAAUCUGGUGAGAUAAGUGAUGAGAGAAUUGCCGCUUCAUCUCAGUACAAUCCCAGCUGGUCUCCUUUCCGUUCACGAUUAAACUACCACGAUAAUGGCUGGACACCAUCAGAAGAUUCUGCCAGGGAAUGGAUACAGGUAGAUCUGGGCUUCCUGAGGUAUGUUUCAGCUAUAGGAAUACAAGGAGCCAUUUCUAAGGAAACUAAGAAAGCAUAUUAUGUUAAGACCUACAAAGUCAGCAUCAGCACCAAUGGGGAGGACUGGAUCAUGGUGAAAGAUGCAACCAAGCACAAGGUGUUUCAGGGCUGUCACAACCCCACUGAUGAGGUGCGUGCCUUUUUCCCAAAACCCACACUGACACGUUACAUACGGAUACGACCUCUAACUUGGGAACAAGGCAUCUGCAUGCGCUUUGAAUUAUAUGGCUGCAAGAUAUCAGACUUUCCAUGCUCUAGCAUGUUGGGGAUGAUCUCUGGUCAGAUCUUGGACUCUCAGAUCUCUGUGUGGCCUGAGGUGGAGAGGGGCUGGUUACCUGAGCAAGCCAGGCUGUUGACGGGCCGCUCUGGCUGGGUGGCUCCUGUACCAUCUGUACCACAUGGCACAGCAAACAGCUCCUGGUUGGCACUGGAUCUUGCUUUUAACCACUGGGUUACAGCAGUCAUCUUGCAGGGGGGGAGAUACAGGGACAAGAUCAUGUUUGUCCGACGCUUCAAACUGGCCUACAGCAUCAACGGCGUUGACUGGAGCUACAUACAGGAGGAGAAUAGCAACAAAGUUAAGAUAUUCAUGGGGAACCAAAAUCAUGACACUCCAGAGAUGCGUUCUUUCAAGCCACUGACAAUGCGUUUCCUGCGAGUAUAUCCUGAGCGUGGGUCACAUGAUGGCAUGGCCCUCAGACUGGAGUUGCUGGGCUGCGACACCCAAUAUGCUACUCCUCUUCCUCCUACCACUACAAUGGAAACCACAGUGCAGGUAACUGCUAACAUCCCAGUAACCAGCACAGCAAUUGGCAUCAUCAGAACAGAGGACUAUGAUGACGAAUCGGCAACUUGUCACAGCGGAACAGGCACAAGUGAAGACAAUGAGCCUACAGGUACAGUUGCAGAACCCAUAGAAUCUGCAUAUCUUUGGUUCAACUGCAAUUUUGGCUGGUCAGACCAUCCCUCCUUCUGUGGGUGGAGUCUAGAGAGCAUUGGACCAGUGGACUGGCUCUUACAAAACCAUGACAAGUGCUCCAAACAACUGCCCAGUGUGGAUUACACAGAUGCUUAUGUUUGGCUGUCAUCAGGGGAACCAGGAAACUUCAUCUACACUGCACUGACCAGAGAUUCACUCUAUCCAGAGACAGAGAAGACAUUAGCGCGAGAGCUAGAGCAGAAGACUAAGACAGUAAGGAAGAGAGGGAUGGAAAGAGAAAGAACUGCAGAGGCAGAAAGACAGAACGAGAUGGAAAGUAAAGUCAGAUUGGCACGGUUGGUCAGUUUGCCUGUUAUGUCUCUUGAUGAAGAUCUGUGUGUGUCAUUCUGGUACCGGUUUACUGGAGAGCACACAGGUGCCCUACAUAUUUGGCAGAAGACAGAGGGAGGAGGGGAGGGAGUGGGAGAAAGCGGACAGCUGCAGGAAGAAGGAAAAGAUGGACAGAGAGAUGAAAAAAAGAUAGAAAAGGAGGUACUGCUCUGGAGGAUGGAUUGGCAAGAGACUAAAGGCUGGAAAGAAGGAAGAGUUCUGAUGCCCCAUGCUAAUAAACCAUACAAGGUGAUUAUUGAGGGUGUUGUUGACAGCACAUUGUCUGGACAUAUCUCGGUGGACAAUGUGAGAAUUGUCCCUGAAAUGAGUGCUGCUGAGUGUAAAGAUGUCAGCAUGCCUCGUCUUCAACCAGCCCAAGAGAACCCAUGUCACACCCCUCUUCAUCUCCCUCCACUGGCUUCCUGUAGCCCCCGCAUCAAAUUCAAGGCCUUGAUGCUCAUGUACAAGACCUUGUCUGGAACAGCACCCCCCACCUCAACACUCUCCUGAAGGCUUACGUUCCCUCAUGCAAUCUGCGAUCAAUCAACGACCGAUGCUUAGUAGUACCUAUUCAGCGUGGCUCAAGAUCCUUUUCAAGAACAUUCAAACUAACUGUUCCUCAGUGGUGGAAUGAACUUCCAACCUCAAUCCAGACCGCAGAAUCUCUCACCAUCUUCAAAAAAACAGCUAAAGACCCACCUCUUCCGUGAACACCUAACCAACCCAUAAAAUAAAUAAAUAAAUAAAUAAAUUUACUCUGGCACUUACACCUCUACUCUGCGGACUUUGCUUCUUCUGGAACUCAAUUAACAGAUCUUGUAUGGUAGCACUACUUGUAUUAUUCUCUGCUUGAUAUAUCACUUUGCUUGUAUUUUCUCAUUUGUAAGUUGCUUUGGAUAAAAGCGUCUGCUAAAUGAAUAAAUAUAAUGUAAUGUAAUGUAAUGAGAUUGAUCAUGAUAGAUUCCUUGUGUCAUGCCGAGAUCAAUAAUAACAAUUGUGCCAUGGUUUGCCAAGCUUGCUGUCUGCCAUUUUGAAAUGUUUGAAAGGCUACUUUUUUAAACUCCUCCAAGAAUCUUUGUCAGAUUUUUGCGAAAAUCAAGUCAGAUCAUCAUCAGAUUAUGCAAACAAAAACUUAUCAAAUUUGGCUUGAUUUGUCAAACCGUUCUCGAAUAACGUGAAAACAAAUUUGACUAUGAGCACGGCAAAAUGGAUGUGAGGCUACAUCUCCUUAAUGCAUUAGUGGAUUCAGAACAAAGUUGGAAAGAUGGCAGCGCAGUAGCAUGCAGUGGCCACUUUGGAUCCACUAGUAUGGUGCAUGUUACAUGUAGCUUACACCAAUUGGGAAACCUUUUAAAUUGAUAAGAUGUACAUUGGAAGCACUGGUGUACAUGUCUAUCAUUGCCAAAUUCCGCUGAACAUUGGAGAACAUAGUUCAGGAGAAAUAAAUGAUUGGCUGUCAGAUGAGCUACACAACCUUCGGGCUGCCACACGAACCAGGCCCUGGGACCAUCGUAUUGCCUGAUGCCGCUGGCCGGAAGAGAGGGCACCGGAAACAGUGUGCGAGGCAGUUGAAGUGUGUAAAGUAAGCUGGCAUGCUAGCAGAUCUGGCUCUACCAUCCAUUCUCCUCUCCAAUGUUCACUGUCUAUGAAAUGCUGACCAGAGAGCUUACCACUGUGCUCAUUGUAAUGGCGUACAUUCCACCCAGGGCUAAUGCUAAGGAAGCACUAAAUGAACUCUACAGGGCUAUCAGUGACUUACAGACAGCGCACCCCAAUGAAUUUUUCAUUGUCACCGGAGAUUUUAACCACGCCAAUAUGAAAUCACUGCUGCCAAAACUCCACCAGCUUGUUGAUUUUCCAACUUGUGGUACAAACACUGUAGAUCUUGUUUACACCAACAUUCAUGGUGCUUACAAGGCUGCACCCUGCCCCCACCUUGGCAGCUCAGACCACAUCUCUGUUAUGCUAAUCCCAGCAUACAGACCACUUCUAAACAUGCCAAACUGGUUCUGAAAAAGGUGAGGACCUGGUCUGAGGGAGCUAUGUCAGCAUUUCAGGACUGUUUUGAGCACACAGACUGGAAUAUGUUCAGACAGACUGCUACAUACCACAACAACACAGACUUGGAGGAAUACACAGCAUCAGUAACUGGCUACAUCAGCAAGUAGAUAGAUAGAUGAUGGAACUUCCUUCCAGAACAUGCACUGAACAACUUCUAUGCAUGGUUUGAAGCACAGAACAACAUGUCAGUGAGGAAGACCACCCCAACUCCCACCAGCCAAGUACUUUCAGGAAAACUCUGUGCAGAUUGACCCACAGAAAGCUGCAGGUCCUGACAACAUAUAGUGGGGGAAAUAAGUAUUGGAUGUGUCAACAUUUUUUUCAGUAAAUAUAUUUCCAAUGAGGCUAUUCACAUGAAAUUUUCACAAGACAUCAAUAUUAACUCAAGAAAUCUGGAAAUAUAAAGAAUUCACAACAUUAAAGUCCAUAAAUAAAGUUAUGUGUAAUAAAGUGGCAUGACACAGGAAAAAAGUAUUGAACACGCUAAGAAAAAGCAGUUCUCCAGGGCAAGGUAAGGCAAGAACCAGCUCAAAAUCAAUAAGUAAUUAUACCUCCUAUCUGUGCAAAUUAAUAUCAGCUGGGUUAGUAAAUUGCUGGAUAUAAAAAGGCUUUUCAUUGCCAAGGUGUCACACAAGAAACAUCUCAUGAUGAGUAAAAGCAAAGAGCUCUCCAAAGACCUUUGCAGCCAUGUUGUUGCAAAACAUAUUGAUGGAAUUGGAUACAGAUGUAUUUCAAAACUUCUGAAUCCUCCAUUAAGCACCAUUGGGGCCAUUAUCCGCAAGUGGAAGCAACAUCACUCUGUCAUCAACCGACCACACACAGGAGCUCCUCAAAAGAUUUCUGACCAGGGAGUCAGAAGAAUAGUGAGAAGAGUAGCCAAAGAGCCUAGGACCACUCAGAAAGAGCUCCAGAAAUACUUGGAGGCACCAGGUGCCAUCAUCAUGGGGAAAACACUAGGCAAUGCACUCCACUGCUCAUGAUCACCCCGCAAGACUCCAUUACUAAUGAAAAGUUUGCUACAACUCAUUGGGACAAGCCUAUGAAAUACUGGGAGAGUGUGAUCUGGUCAGACAAGAGCAAAAUGUAACUUUUUAGCUGUCACUAUGUUUGGAGAAGAAAUGGCACUGCAAAUCACCCUAAAAACACUAUACCAGCAGUGAAGUUUGGAGGUGGAAGCAUCAUGGUGUGGGGCUGUUUUUCAUCACAUAGUACUGUCAGACUUUAUAUAAUUGAAGGAACAAUGAAUGUAGCCCUUUACCGGAAGAUUCUUCUUGAGAAGAAUCUGCUGCCAUCCACCUUGAUGAUGAAGAUGAAACGUGGCUGGACCUUUGCUGGCCCAAAUUUUGCCUAUUACCUGAAGACACUUAACAUAGAAACAGAUACUCACAUAUUCAAUUGGAGCAAGAAAAAUAAGACACCAGCCGUGAGUGAGAAGAAGCAAGGGUCCAGGUUUAUUCGUUCCGUUCCACCACACGAGAUCCCCACAGUUUGAGAUAUCCCAAAAUGCGAUCUCAAAAAACCAGAGCUGAAGCUCUUCUAUUUAUAUAGUUUUCUUAGGGUCAGGAUGACCCAGACACCAAUGUGUUUUAGAAAGAGCUUAUCAAAAUUACCAUUCUGUUUUAGAAAGGGCUUAUCAAAAUUACCAGUAUGUUUUGAAAAGAGCCUUUUCCGAACACCAUUAGGUUUGAAAGAGGUACGAGACACAACAUUUCGGAGAGACCUUGGUCUCACAGUUAUCUUGCGGGUGCAACGUGACUCAACUACCCUUAUAAAUGGCCCCACUUGGUUCUCUCUUAAAAAUUAAGGCCUUCGUCUGUAUUACUCCUGACUUUUUCUCGUGAGACAAGACUCUUCCCCACCUCCAAGUAUAUUAUGAGUAAGUUUCUUUCACAUUUUUCUGUAUUUCUGGUUUAUAAUUUCCUUUCAUAUUUGCUCUACAUUUCUGUUAUAUAUAUAUGGUUAUACUGCUUGCAAGUGGUUUACUGUACUCCCUACUUCAUAAUAUCAUUAUAUUAUCCUUAUAAUAUCUUAAUACUCCUUUUAUUAUUCUUAUAAUGUUCUGUAUUCCUCCUGUAUGUGUGUGCGUGGUGGCAUAGGCCUGUGUGUGUGUCUCUUAGUUGACCGUCCACCUACGCGCUGAGGCCUGCCGCACUAAUCAAAUACAUGUAUGGUUUGCGCCUUGCUUAUCUGUGUGUUGUGUCUUAGGUAAACAUCCGUUCAUACAGUCCACCAGCCCAGUGAAUUCUCAAUAAGAUUACAUAUUACUCAUACUAGGUCUCCCUCGUGUUUAUUUCAUGUAUAUUUUAUAUACAACACCUUCCAGCAGGACAGCGAUCCAAAGCAUACAGCAAAGGAAACUCUCAAUUGGUUUCAGAGAAAACAAAAUCAAGGCAUUAGAAUGGUCCAGUUAAUCACCUGACUUGAAUCCAAUUGAACAAAAUUUAAAGACAGUAUGUUUAGAAGAAUGGGCCAAAAUCACACCUGAAUACUGCGGCCAAUUAAUUUCUUCAUACAGGAAGUGUCUUGAAGCUGUCAUUACAAACAAGAUCUUCUCCACUAAGUAUUAAAUAAAUUUUAGUUCGCGCGUCCAAUACUUUUUUCCUGUGUAAAUCCACUUAAUUACACAUAACUUUAUUUAUGGACUUUAAUGUUGUGAAUUCUUUAUAUUUCUGGAUUUAUUGAGUUAAUACUGAUGUCUGGUUAUAUUCAUAGCCUCAUAAGAAAUAUAU